GGGCCGUAGGAGCGCGCGGGAGCGCACGGCGGGGCGCGGCCAACGCUGGGACGCGGCGCUCGGAGGGACGCGGCCGGCUCCCAUGGCGUUCGCGCUGCUGCGGCCAGUCGGCGCGCACGUGCUGUACCCGGACGUGCGGCUGCUAAGCGAGGACGAGGAGAACCGCAGCGAGAGCGACGCGUCGGACCAGUCGUUCGGCUGCUGCGAGGGCCUGGAGGCGGCGCGGCGCGGCCCGGGCCCCGGGGGCGGGCGGCGGGCGGGCGGCGGCGCGGGCCCCGUGGUGGUGGUGCGACAGCGGCAGGCGGCCAACGCGCGGGAGCGGGACCGCACUCAGAGCGUGAACACGGCCUUUACGGCGCUGCGCACGCUCAUUCCCACCGAGCCGGUGGACCGCAAGCUGUCCAAGAUCGAGACGCUGCGCCUGGCAUCCAGCUACAUCGCGCACCUGGCCAACGUGCUGCUGCUGGGCGACUCGGCCGACGACGGGCAGCCGUGCUUCCGCGCCGCCGGCAGUGCCAAGAGUGCCGUCCCCACCGCCGCCGACGGCGGCCGCCAGCCGCGCUCCAUCUGCACCUUCUGCCUCAGCAACCAGCGCAAGGGGGGUGGCCGUCGUGACCUGGGGGGCAGCUGCUUGAAGGUGAGGGGGGUGGCCCCCCUUCGAGGGCCACGGAGAUGAGCCUGGACCCUGGAGAAGGAGGCCAGGAGCCAGCCACUGGCUGUACAGGGAAGAAGACCCCAGGAGCCGAGCCCACCCCUUCUUUGUGUGGGGACCAGGGGACCAUGGCCUGGGUCCAGGACACUCUGGGCAGGGCCCUCGGGACAUCUCCACCCUAUCCCGGAGAACUGUGAGGAUCCAUUCAGCCUGCACAGCUCUGGCUGGUCAGAGACAAGGCAGAACUUUUGGAAAAACAAAGACUGUUGGUGACAGAGGGUGUGUGUGUGUGUCUGUGCGUGAGUGUGAGUGUGUGUGAGGGAGAGAAUUGGUGAGUUUAAAAUAAAAGCUAUUUUUAAAUAAAAGACGUCGUUCUGAGCUGAGGAGGGGGCCUGUGAACAUCGGAGGUCAGAGGUGGGCCCUCCCCUGGACUUAGAGAGAGGCACAGACGUUCCAGGGGCUGCCCUGAGCCCUGGAGGGGUGGGGCUGGGGAAGACAGGCAGAGCCCGCUCUCCGGGAGCCAUAACCAAACCUUCCUCAGUCUGCUAUUUAUCAGAUGUUCUUAACAACUGUUAGGUGUCUGGUAUGGUUGGUAAAGAAAUCUUAAUUUUA